CACCGGCAUACGGAGUUUUGGAUACCACGGUUUGUCAUGGCGGAACUUAUCGAGCUUAAUGUAGGCGGCUGCCUGUACACCACGACGAAGUGGACACUGACUCGCGACCCGAACUCCUGGCUGGGCAGAAUGUUCAGUGUGCCAGACAAUAUUCCCGUCCGAGUAAACGGAGCUUACUUCAUCAACGGAGACGGGCCCAUCUUCCGCCACGUCCUCAACUUCCUCCGACGGGGCAGGCUGAUUCUACCGGAGGACUUCAAGGAGUGGGACCUGCUGGCUACGGAGGCCAACCACUACCAAGUCGGGGCUUUGGUGGAGGCAGUAAAGAAGGAAAAGUAUCAGAGGGUCAUAGAGAUAUCUGCAAUUCCAAACGUGAGCUACACAUACACUGGCAGCAGUAGUAUCCUAGAGAAAAUACCAUCGCUUGUUGAUUUUUUCAAACCGUACCAGUCCGCUCCACCUCAAGUUAUCACAGGCGGGCAGGUCACCCUCACAGUAAAACCAGCUGGUGGGAAGCCUCACUCUACGGCCGAGACUCUCCAUCGUAGAUUUGAACACAAUCUGGUGGCGAUCAUCCAGGAGAUAGAACGGCUUGGGUUCCAAGCGGAGAAAGAGACCUGCACAAUGAACAAUUCCAGGCAACAGGAGGAACUCCGCUUGACCUUUUUCCGGCGCAUUGGUGGUUAAAAAAGACCAUUCUUACUCGUACGUUGGUCGCAGUACGUGCUUCCCGAGUUUGUUCUCCGCCUUUGACCCGAAAUUACGAUGGAUAUAAAGGCUGGCACUGCUCAGACUUUCGUUGAAAAAAACAAAGUACACUCUAUCAGCUUAGCUAAUAUGGACAAACUUUAUAAAAAUCCUUCAAAUUUUCACAGAACAAGAUGCUUCAAGGGAAUGGCGAUCUAGCCUGCAAACCGGCCUCGUACUUUGUCGCUAUUUUAUUUAGAGGUUUUCUUUUAAAGGGACACUGGGUCCUAGGACAGCUUUUUGGGCUACAAAACGUGCUUUGAACGAAAUGAUGUUAAUCGGAAAGAACAUUUAUUGCUUCCAUGUAUACGGCCAUUAAGAUAUACAUGUAGUUACAAUGUACUUAGUUUUUAGCGUUCAUUGUGACUUUUAUCAUCCAAAAUUAUUUUUAAGUAUUUAGAGUGUCUUUUCUGUAACAAAAAGUACGGCGUUCCAUCAAUCGCUUUUCGUGUUUCAAUAUCAUAUGUUUUAUCAUUGUAUUUCUAUUGGUUCACUUUAGUAACCUAAUUAUGUUCUGACCGGUUAUAAGCUUUGGUCGUUUAGAUAGUUUACAUGAUAACGAAUUAGUUUCAUUUGUUCAGCGUAAUGCCUUUAUGUUACAAGCAAACCGUCAUCAAUUCAGAAAUAGUUUGAAAGCAUGUCACAUAACAAUCCAGUUACCCACUAAAGUGUUAUGAUUAUAUUAGCAUCGUCAAACUAAAAUUAAUGUA